AUGGAGGACGGAGAGCAGCUGCUACAAGGCAUCUAUGAACAGCUCAACAUCACCGGCUCUCCCGAUGACUUCUUCCGCCACUACUCGGACACCCAGACCAUGCUCUUCCUCGACCUGGCAUCCAAGGUGGGCUUCCCCGAGGAGCCGCUGACGACGGCUGCGGACGAGAAGAUGGCCACGGCGCAGCUCAAUGCCGGCAUGACAAACCGCCUCUUCCCCUGGCACUUUGCCGUGGACAAGGACAUGAAGAUUGUGUCCCUGGGCAAGCACCUCGCCUCCCGCAUGAAGAAGGAUUGCAUUGGCAUGCACGCGGAGAAGCUCUUCCGCAUCGCCCGCCCCAUCGACGCCACGUGGGACUUUGAGGACAUCAAGGCGCGCUGCGACAAGCCGUUCCUCUUUGUCACCAACCCGAAGCGCAUGCUGAGCGCGGAGGAGUAUGCGGCCAUGCUGAGCGAGCGGCAGCAGCGCCUAGCGCAGGAGGACCGCGAGCAGCGCCACUCAAACCUUAUCCAGCAGUUUGAGCAGCAGUCCUCGAGCAGCCAGGCAACCUCGGGUCGUGCGAGUGCGCGCACAAGCACGCAAUUGCCAGCGGCAGAGCGCUCUGGCGCGGGCAGUCUCCGUCCAAGCGGGUGCCCAAUGACGGGGAUGCGGCACAGCCAGUCAUCAGCAACGACUGCGAGCACCUCUGCUGGAACAUCUGCGCGCAGCUCGAUGGAUUUGCUCGAGGCUCGCUCCCGUCACCUGAAGAAGGCCUCCCACAUCAAGUUGCAUGGGGAGGUGGUGUUUGACGAGGACAAGCAAGUGCUACUGUUUGUCGGCAACCCUUUCGUGCAGUCCAUGGAAGAGCUUGAAGCACAAGGCAUCGACCUGACAGAUCUGCCAGUGCACUCACAUGGACGGGAGGUCCUCUAUGGCUCCAUGUGCCAGGCCAUCUCUGCAUCCAACUCGAACGAUGUUGAGGCCAAGCUUGCAGACCUCGAUCGCUCCAUGGCCGAAGUUCACUCCAAGAAGGAGCAGAUUGACGGCCUCCUCCACAGCAUUCUUCCGCCGGUGGUCGCAGAUUCUCUGGCACGUGGCGAGAUCCCGGCCGCCGAGCAAUACGAGCACGUGACUGUUCUGUUCAGCGACAUUGCGGGCUUUACGAACAUCUCCUCAGAAGUGCCCUCGCUCGAGGUGAUGGACAUGCUGCACGAGCUGUUUGUCAAGUUUGAUGACUUGGCGGACCAGCAUGGCUGCUACAAGGUGGAGACAAUUGGCGACGCGUACAUGGUGACGGCGGGCUGCCCGGAGGAAUGUGAGGACCACGCUCUGCGCAUCGCCCGCUUGGCCAUUGACAUGGUGCGCACGGCACAGACGGUGCUCUCGCCGCUCGAUGGUGAGCCACUCCGCAUCCGCGUUGGGCUGCACUCUGGCCCGUUGAUGGCCGGCGUUGUCGGGCGUGCGCGUCCACGCUACUGUCUGUUUGGCGACACCGUCAACGUCGCCUCGCGCAUGGAGAGCAACGGCCUGCCGGGAUGCAUCCAGGCGACGUACCGGUUCCUUCGAGCGCUGCCAGGCUACCACCGGCUCAUCAUUGCGCCGCGCGGGCGCCUUGAGAUCAAAGGCAAGGGCACCAUCAAGACGUUCCUUGUGCUGGGCGAGCAAGACGGGUCCGACACGCCGCCACUGCUGCCCGAAGACGACGGCACGGAGGAGCUGAGCGAUGAGCUGAACAUGAUUCGCGUGCAGUACCGCAUGCAGAGCAGCAUUUACUCACGCUCUCGCCCCGUGAGUGCGACCUCAUCAGGGCCGCAAGGGCUGCCUCGAACCACGUCGGCCAAUGGGCCUUCUGGUCCGAGCAACGCUCGUCCGCAGCAACGCAGCAACGGGCUUGGCGGCAGGUUCAGUGGUGUCCCGCCUUCCCCGACGUUCAGCGUGACCAAACCGCUGACUGGCGCGAGGAACACGGCCUUCAGCUUCAGCAGCGUGCCGGAAUGAAGGCAUGAGCGCAACUUUGUUUGAGAUGGCUGAUGUGAAUACAGUUAUUUGUUGCUUUGCCAUCCUGUGACUGUUGCUGCAGUUGUUGCCCGCUGCACUGUUGGCCUUUUUGUUUCUGUUUUUUCUCCUGCUGAUCGCAGUUGUUCUUGACCCAUGUGCGUUGCCAUUCACGCUUCUUUGUUUAUCGUCCUGUGACUCGCCAGCAAUGCCAAUGGCGAUUUCCAUGUCACACGUUCUUCCAGCUUGUGUGUGUGUGUGUGUGUGUGUGUGUGUGACUGGUUGCUUCCGUGUGCAUGUGCGCUGUGCCUGUCUUGUGGGCAUGUGCCGUCGCGUCAUGCCUCUAUUGAGUAUCUUGUUUGUUCCCCCCCUUCUUCUUCUUCUUCUUUUUGUUGCAACUCUGGAUUGCCUGCAUUCACAUCAUACACGAC